CCGGCGAGCGCCCCUUCACUUGCGCCCAGUGCGGCAAGGGCUUCACCCGCUGGAACAACCUGCUGGAGCACCAGCAGGUGCACACCGGCGAGAGGUCCUUUGGUUGCUCCGAUUGCGGCAAGAGCAUCAAGACGACAUAAAAGCUAAAGAUCCACCGGCGGGUGCACACGGGCGAUAUGCCCUUCGGCUGCUCCACCUGCGACAAGAGCUUUGCCGAGAUGUCAGGGCUAAGGCGGCUCCGGCAGGUGCACAACAGUGAGCGGCCCUUCACUUGCUCCGACUGCGGCAAAAGCUUCAAGUCGAUGCCAGAACUGAAGGUACACAGGCGCCUGCACUCCGGGGAGCAGCCCUACACAUGCAGCGACAGCGGCAAGGGCAUCACCAGUUCUAAAAAGCUGUUGGAGCACCGGCGCACCCACACUGGCGAGCGCCCGUUCACCUGCGACCAGAGCGGCAAGGGCUACACCCACUCCAACAGCCUGCUGUCCCACGAGCGGGUGCACGCCGUUGACCGUCCCUUCCCCAGCCCGGUGUGUGGAGAGCGCUUUGCCAUGGCCAACCACACCCUGUCUCACCAGCAUGUGCACACCAGUGACCAGCCCUACGACUGCCCGUACUGCGGGGGUUACGGCAACACCAGCGGAUAUAGAGACUGUGAUGGAGAAGGGUUUAGGAGCCGUUGCUGUGGGCGGAGAGGCGGGGAUGUGAGCGGCCAUUGA